AUGGGGGCCGCAAGCGGUAGCGACCGAGAUGCUGCAGCCAUCGGUGGCCUCGUCAGUCUAUGGUUUGGAGGACUUGCGAUUGGGGCGUUGAUCGUGGGCACCAUUGCGGACUCAAUUGGACGCCUGAAGACAAUUCAGCUGGGUUAUCUCUGGAGAAUUCUGGGGGCGGCUCUGUCGGCUUCUGCCACCAGCAUGCCAUGGUUUGCCUUUGCUCGAGUCAUCAGUGGUAUUGGGUGUGGUCAUCUGAAUACGAUAGUGCCCGUCUGGACGUCGGAGCUGGCAGACCCUCAUCUGCGAGGAGCGUUCGUUGCGGUGCAAUUUACGCUGGCAAUGGUAGGAUCAACGACAGCCUACUGGAUGGAGUUUUGGUGUUUGAAGACACAGUCAUUAUCGUUCACCUGGAGCUUUCCUCUUGGGUUCCAAAUUGUCUUCUUGCUACUCAUCUUGGCCGCGGCACUAUUGGCGACCUUGAGGGAGCCCGUUGGGUCUACCCAACGGGGGUUUUCCUUGGCAAGUCGAAGCAAAGGUGCCGCGCUGGCGACUUUUGCCUUCUCCAUAGUUGGAGGGACAAUCAACAUGAUCAUUCCAUACCUGAUCGAUGCCAUUGGUUUCUGGGUUUUUAUUUUGUUUGCAUUGAUUAGCCUGGCUCUUCUUGCGCCCAUAUACCUUUUCUACGUCGAAACUGCCAACCGUCACCUUCAGCAGCUGGAUAGUCUGACCUCCUUCACCAUGAUAAAUCUCCAAAGAGUCGGCGCUCUUUUGACAGCCGCGGCAUUUUGUCGAGCGGUAAUUUUCAAGCCACAGAAUGAAUUCCAAGCUCUUUCCAACGACAACACUUCUGUCGCUCUAGAUCUCCGCCCGUGGUUCAACAACCGCGCCUUUGGGCUCAAGCCCAAUGAAUCCAGUUUUGAUGGUCAGGGGAAUUCGUAUCCUGCCGAGGAGAUUCCACCGGAGCGCUUCGUCUACGGAGGAACCAACUAUCGCUUCGCUGCAUACAAUGAAUCAGGCCACGACAAUCUCCUAGUCAAGGGACAAGAGAUUCCGGUUCCUCGGUCGAAGUACUUCAGCUACCAGAUGCUUGCUGCAUCUGAAUCUGGCAUGGCGUCCGGCUCAGUGACCGCGAAAUAUGCUGAUGGCAGCUCGACGACGGGCCCGUUGCUUGUUCCGGCGUGGUGGAGUUGGCCGUACCCAGCUGGCGGCGACUUGGUCUUCUCCUCAUUUCUCACCGAAAACACCACCAACUACAACCGAUCCAAUAUCUUCCAAACCAUAAAUUGGCUGGACUCAUCCAAGGAGCUCGUGUCUUUGAAGUUUCCCAAGUCUGCUUCUGGCUCAUCUACCGAGCCCGGAGGCGCAGCAGUCGACACCAAUCUCCACGUGUUUUCUCUGUCUUUGCUCCCUGUGCCAAAGCACACCUCGGCCACGGCCAGACUGGUAAUUCAGUAUGCUCGAUCGACUCAGAAGUGGAUUGAUGGAACAGAUAAGGUGCAGAUCGUCGAAGUUGUUAUCAACAAUGUGGGAUCGUCCUUCAUUUCGCGGAAUGAUACCGUUCGAGUACAGGUGGAGUCGCCGGGCCUGGAAACUGUAAUAGAUGGAGCGAUCAAGCGCCUGGGACCAGGCGACCAGGCGAUCGUGGAGGUCGGUGUCAAGAAUCGCAAGGGAGUGAGGCCAGGCCGGACCGGACCUGCCACCGUGGUCAUCAAAGGUGAACAUGUGGCAUCCAGGAGCUACAGUUUCAAGGCUACGUAUGGCAUCAGUGCCUACAAAGCUACCUAUGAGUCCGUCUAUAGCCAUGAAGCCCCCAACUGGUAUAAUAAUGCCAAGUACGGAAUCUUCAUCCACUGGGGAAUAUACUCGGUUCCAGGCUGGGGCAAUAAAGGCUCAAAAGAGAACUAUGCCGAGUGGUACUGGUGGUGGCUUGGCCAGGGCCCGAGUGAUCCGACCGAGGUGUACGAGUACCAGAAGAAGACGUAUGGGACCGAGCUCGUAUAUGACGACUUCAUCCAGAACUUCACAGCGGAUGCAUGGAGUCCAAAAGAGUGGGUCGAUCUCUUCGCAGACGCCGGUGCCAAUUACUUUGUUCAAGUCAGCAAGCAUCAUGAAGGCUACGCUCUAUUUGAUCUCCCCGAGAACGUGACGAAGAGAACGUCUGUAGCCAUGACACCACACCGCAACCUCGUUCAGGAAUUAUUCGACGCCGCCAAGAAGCACCAGCCGCACCUUCAUCGUGCGGUCUACUACUCGCUGCCUGAAUGGUUUCAUCCUGACUACAAAAAAUACGGGUUUUCUUCCUGGCCUGGAGGCAAUGCCAGUAACCCGUUCACCAACGAGACGCUCCCCUAUAUCGGGUACGUACCUCUCAAUGACUACAUCGAGGAUAAAAUCUUGCCGGAGAUGAAUACCCUGGCCGAUAUGGGAACCGAAAUUAUGUGGUGUGAUAUUGGAGGCCCUAACCGCACCGUGGAGUUUGCAUCUGAAUGGUUCAACCGUGCGGCAAAAGAGGACCGGCAGGUCGUCAUGAAUGCGCGUUGUGGCCUCCCGGGCGAUUUUGAUACCCCCGAAUAUGCUCGGUACAACGGUGUCCAGGUUCGCAAAUGGGAGAGCAGUCUCGGAAUGGAUCCGUACAGCUACGGAUAUAAUCGAGCUACACCUCUGGCAAGCUACAUGAACGCCAGCAGCAUUGUCACCGGACUCAUUGAUAUUGUCAGCAAAAAUGGAAAUUUCUUGCUGGACGUGGGACCGACUGCCAAUGGUACCAUUGUUGAUGUUGAGCAGAAAAACCUGCGGGAGGCGGGCAGCUGGAUCAAGGACCAUGCCGAAGCGAUAUUCAACACGACAUACUGGUUUGUCACCCCUGAGGAGGGAGACAAUGUUAGAUUCACCAUCUCGAAAGAUGCCUUCUACAUUCACACCCUCACCCAACCGAAUAGCACCUUGACAUUGCAUAGCCCGAUUCCCUGGAUUCGUGGUGACGAGGUGACUGUGGUGGGUGGCAAGAUGAAUGGCGCAGCAGUGCCAACAAAGAAGUUCCACAAUGGCUCCAUCAGCCUAUUCUUGAGCCCAGAGAUGGUGGCUGCGGACCGGUUUGCUUGGGUCUUCAAAAUCACAUAUUGA